AUGGAAUCUCUUGAAGCUGAUAUCGAAGCUCUUAAAGAAGACAACAAGGGUACUGAUGAAAUACUACAACAAUUUACCCAACAACUAAUAAUUUUGGUGACACGCCUGCCACAUGAAACUCCACAAGAGCAGACUCAGAGACAACUAGAACCACAACCACUUCAAAAUCUACAGCAAAGGGAGGGCAUUUACAAGCCCAAUUGUCAAACUGAGCUUCCAAACUUCAAUGGUGAUACUCCAGAUGGAUAGUUGCGGCAGGCUUAGAUGUAUUUUCGUAUUAACCACAUGCAAGAACACAAAUGUCUAGAAUUAAUAAUGCUGAGCAUGGAAGGUGAUGCCUUAGAUUGCUAUCUGUCGAUGGAAGAUCGCUUUCUGUUCCAUGACUGGUAUGAUUUUAAAAUCCAACUUAAUGGUUGAUUUGGUUCAUCAGGAUCUAGCAACACGCAUCAGAAACUUGUGAACCUGAAACAAGAGAGUUCAAUACUAGAGUAUAGGGCAGAGUUUGAAUGGCUCUCAACCUAUCUUCCGAACAUACCAACAGAAAUACUAGAGCAUACAUAUUUGAAAGGACUCAAACUUGAGAUCCAAUCAGAGUUAUCUGUCCAAGCCUAUUGGGUUGCGUGA